AUGAAGAUAACAACACAUAUGCAUUGGAAAAAACAGUACGUUCUUGGAGUUGGAUCUAACGGCCCGGUAUAUUUGGCAACACCUUUUUCCGCCAAGAAUUAUUUAAAAAUAGUAGCAGUCAAAUCCGCAGAAGUUGACAAGGAGGAGUCGUUUGUGCUACAAAAAGAAGGAAAAAUCUUGAACCAAUUAAAAGGUUCGCCUUACAUCAUUCAAUGUUUUGGGGAAGAUCAGAGUGUCGAAUACGCAAGGUGGACAUACAAUCUCUUGCUCGAAUGCGCCCCUAGUGGCACUUUACGAGAUCUCAUACUUUUUAAUGGAAGAAUUUUAGAAUCCGAGGCAGCACGCUAUGCGUAUCAACUUUUGAUGGGUCUUCGUCACAUUCAUAACAAAGGUUUUUGUCAUGGGGAUAUAAAAUUGAGUAAUAUACUUGUUUUUCAGAGUAACAAGUCGGUAAAAAUUGCUGAUUUUGGAUCAGCCAAAGAAGUAACAAGUCGUAAGCAUCUAGUUUUCGAUGUUUGCUCUGUAGGAUGCAUUGUCGCAAAGAUGCUCACCGGAAAUCCAACUUGGUUUGGGGGAGAGAUUGAGAAAUAUCAACGUGAGAUUUAUGGUUGUGAUACUAAUAAUGAAGAGUUUAUGGACAAUAGUGUUUCUAUGAUGGCUAAAUAUUUUGUGAUCAAUUGUUUACUUUGUAAUUUUACUGGUAGAUUAUUGAAUUUGGAUACACUAAUUAAUCAUCCUUUUAUUCAGAAUGCAAUUAGUACCUGUGAGAUCAGCAUUCCUAGUAUUGUUAAUGAUAAUCCUUUUGGUGAUUAUUGGGUUUCGGAGCGUCAUUUGUUUACUACAACUUGUGAGGAAUGGAAAGCCAAAAUAAGGAGAUCGAUCAAUGAUAAAAGGGCAGCCCGGUGCACUUAA